AUAAAAAAGGAUGUCUCUCGGUCCUUCAUCCUCUGCGAUUCACGUCCAAGGCACUUCCACGACGGACACGGCGCAUAAUUUACCCCGUACACCAACAAAUAUCACCAUCCACCCCGUAGCCCUGUUCUCCAUCCUCGACCACUACCUUCGUCGCGGCGAGUCUCAAGAUCGGGUCAUUGGCACACUCCUAGGCACGCGCUUUGAAAAUGAGGUCGAGGUCCGAUCCUCGUUCGCCGUGUUGCACAGCGAGACGACCGAACAAGUUGCCGUGGACAUGGACUACCACCGGACGAUGUACGAGCUGCACCACAAGGUGAAUCCAAAGGAAGUCAUUGUUGGAUGGUACUCCACAGGAUCCAAUCUCAACACAUAUUCCGCGCUUAUUCAAAAUUUUUACUCGCAAGAAACCGCGCCUAACCAAGCGAUUCACGUUGCUGUCAACACUGGCGUUGAGGAGGGCCAAGAACCCGGUGUCAAAGCGUUCAUCAGCUCACCAGUAGGGGUCUUCCCCAAACCAGAAAACUGUGUCUUUGUUCCAGUGCCCGUUGAAUUGCGGUUCCACGAUGGAGAACGAAGCGGCCUCGACCUACUAACCAGCGCUGCAAAUGCCUCAACAUCAACAGCCUCACAGCCUAUAGCUGAUGUGGAGAUUCUCGAACGAUCAAUUUUGACAGUAUCUGAAAUGCUCGACCGUGUACUCUCCUAUGUGCGAGAUGUUCUUGCGGGGAAACAAAAGGGAGAUCCAGCCAUUGGCCGGUACCUCAUGGAUACCCUUGGAGCCAGCACGGAUGAUUUAGAAAAGGGUGGCUUCAAUGCCAGCUUACAGGAUACACUGAUGAUAUCGUACCUUGCGAACCUUGUGCGUUCGCAAGCAGAGGUAUCGUCCCGGUUAGCCCUCACAACGUCAUCAUAGAAUGGUUGGAUGAAGAUGCUAUAUAUCUUUGUCUAUUUUAUGGUUCUAUUCGUGAAUCAAAUUGGAAGGGUCUAGCUGUUGAAAAUCCGUGAAUGCUGCAAGUCAUGACGGCUUGCCAGGAUUUCUCCCAGCGGCCAUGUAUUCGCCGGGCCUUGUAUGGUCACGUCAAACCCCGUCUCUUUUGUUUGGAACAAUUCUGUACGCAGCUCAUGACAUCUCUCAGCCUCGGCUGUUAUC